UCUUUUCUUCUCGAAUUGUCUACGAAUUUGCAUCAGCAAAAUUUUUCGAAAACUCUUUUUGCUAAAAAAUCGCAAAUAUGGUUCGAAUGAACGUUUUGGCCAUCGCCUUGAAGUGCAUCUCCAAUGCCGAAAAACGUGGUAAACGCCAGGUCCUGCUACGUCCCUGCUCUAAGGUGAUUAUCCGUUUCCUGACCGUGAUGAUGAAACACGGCUACAUUGAAGAGUUCGAGAUCGUGGACGACCAUCGCUCAGGAAAAAUCGUGGUCUACCUCACCGGACGCCUGAACAAGUGCGGCGUCAUCUCGCCAAGAUUCGAUGUGCCCAUCAACGACAUCGAGAAGUGGACCAACGCAUUGCUCCCUUCGCGUCAAUUUGGCUACAUCGUGCUCACCACCUCGAGCGGCAUCAUGGACCAUGAGGAGGCCAGAAAGAAGCAUGUGGGCGGCAAGAUCCUCGGGUUCUUCUUCUAGGAUCACGAAGAGUCAAAAUAUACCAAAAG